UACGUGAGAUCGUUCCUACGUCACCACUUUUCAAAAUAGAACUUUCGCCCACACUCCCUCCACGAUCGACGACAUUUUCUUGCAAACAGUUUUCUUGACCAUGAAGUUCUCCCUCCCAAGCGCUGCUCUCUCGACCAUGUGGUUGGCUUCUGGCUUGAAAACGGCGGCAGCCUUUGCCCCUCGAUCCAGAACGAUUGUAUCUCGCGCGGGCGCCAUUGCCAGUGCCAACUUAGCACCACGAACGUUCGCCACACAGACCAACAUGGCCAAUGUCCUCAAAUUGUCAGAGCCACAGAGCGAGCUGCUGGAUCAAGUUGAUGUUUUCAUUUUUGACUGUGACGGUGUGAUUUGGAGGGGAGAUUCCUUGAUUGAUGGCAUCCCUGAAACACUGGAGAAACUCCGUAAAUUGGGAAAGAAAAUGUUUUUUGUGACGAACAACUCCACCAAAUCUCGGGCUGGAUACAAGAAAAAGUUUGACUCUCUGGGUCUUGAUAUUCCUCCUGAAGAAAUCUUUUCCAGUUCCUUUGCCGCCGCUGCUUACUUGGAACAGACCAAAUUCAAAGAGACAGGAAAGAAAAUCUAUGUAAUUGGUGAAGUGGGUAUCUGUGAAGAACUGGAUCUGAUUGGUGUCCCAUACAUUGGAGGUCCUGCCGAUUCUGACAAGACACCCGAUAUGGGUCCUGGUGGCAAAUUAAUUGUGGAUGAAGAUGUUGGCGGUGUCAUUGUGGGAUUUGAUCGCAAUGUCAACUACUACAAAAUCCAAUACGCACAACUGUGUAUCAAUGAAGGUGGUGCCGAAUUCAUUGCCACAAACUUGGAUGCUGUCACACACCUUACCGAUGCUCAGGAAUGGGCUGGAAAUGGAAGCAUGGUUGGAGCCAUCAAGGGAUGCACGGGACAAGAACCCACUGUAGUUGGCAAGCCCAGCCCACUGAUGAUUGAUUAUCUUGCCGAGAAGCUGGGUCUGGAUAAGGGACGCAUCUGUAUGGUUGGUGAUCGGUUGGAUACCGAUGUUUUGUUUGGAACCGACAAUGGGUUGAAGAGUGUUCUUGUAUUGAGUGGUGUCACUACCGAAGAGAAGCUGUUGAGCCCUGAGAACACAAUCACACCUGACUUGUAUGCUGACACCAUCAACGACUUCUUCUUGGAAGUCCCAGCGAAGGUGGAGAGCUAA